AUGGCGUCGAUGGGUGCGUCCAUCGCGUCCGCGGCCGGACGUGGCGUCCGUGUCGGGACCCCGCGACGCGCGCGGGUCCGCGCAUUCGCCGCGGGGCCUCCGACGCCGCAGGGACUCAGUUCGUGCGGAUUUCUCCCGCGCGGGACCGCCGCGCGCGCGCCGGGACGCACCGCCGCGACGGCGGCGACGACGGCGACGCGCGCCUGGUCGUCUCGCCGGGGCGCGUUGACGGUGACGUGCGCCAAGAAGAAGAACGGCGCAAAGGGCAAAGGGGUCAAGGGCAAGAACGCCCCGAAGGUUACGGGUUCGUCUCGGCUCAAGAAGGAGAGCCGAGCCGAGAAGGCUUUUCGUCAGCCCGGCGCGACGUCGAGCAGCGGCGACGGCGUCUGGGACAGCAUACAGGUUGGGGGCGCCGACGGGGGUGUCGACGGGGGUGCCGACGUGGACCUCGACAUGUCCUUCGACGAGGAGGAGACGGACGACGCCGUGCGAUCGACCCCGGGCGUGGGUUCUUCGUCGUCAUCAACAACAUCCGCGGAUGGCCUCAUGCGUUCGAUAACGCCGGAUGAGCAGAUCUCCACCCCGAAAGCCUUGAUGACGCCGAAGCAACGGAUUCGGUUCGCGCUGAAGCGAGUGGACAGCGACGGGUACUGGGCCCUCAUCUCCUCCGGCAUCGUCUUCGGGACUUUCCUCCUCGAGUCCUACAACAUGAGCUCGUUCGGGGGAUGGGACGUCCUGUACAGGGACGACAUCAGCUGGUACACCGGCCUCAUCUCCAUGAAGGACCUCGAGGAUAUCCAGGACGCGUACAACAUCCUGUUCGCGUGCGAGUUCGCGUUGAGGGCGUGGGCGGCGGACUUCAAGCUCGAGUUUUGGAAAAACCCGCUCACGCUGGUGGAUUUCGCCGCAUCCGUUCCACCGGUGCUCUCGUUUUUCGAGCUCGUCAGCGCGAGGGACCCGGUGCUGCGAUUCCUGCGCUUACUCCGCGUCGUUCGUCUGCUGCGUCUGCUGGAUAACAGGGAUCCCGACUCCACGCUGUUUGGACUCGUCAAGAGCAACAGCAUGGGGAUCCAGCUCGCGGGCAUCGGCUUCGAGUUUGUCUGCAUCUUCAUAAUCACCGCCGGCAUCAUCUACGACCUCGAAUACACCACAAACCCGAACGUCAACGACUUGAACGACACCCUGUACUGGGCCAUCUUAACCCUCACCGGCAUCGGACAGCCGUUCGAGGUUGUCACCGCGGGUGGCAGAGUCGCGACGGUGAUGGCCAUCGGCGUAGCGCUCAUCGUCGUCCCUGGGCAGCUCGCCAAGCUCGCCACCGUCGCCGGGGCGCAGGACAUCAUCGAGGGGUUCAUGCCGGACGAAUCGUACGAAUCGUACGACGAGGACGAGUUCCAGAGCUUCGACGAGGGCGACGGUUGGACCGCGUUGCCCGCGGUGAACGCGAGCAUGUCCGUCGUCGCCAGGACGACGUCGACGUCUAUGACACAGCUGGCGACAGACGCGGCUGUCGGGGGCGCACAGCUGGCGUCGUCGGGUGAAUAUUCCUCGUUCCAAAAGAAUCCGGUGAACCCGGUCGCCGUCCCUGCCCCAGUCGCAGUCGGCGGGUUCGUCCCCCAGAGCGGCGUCGCCAUGCGCCAGAAGAUGUGGGACGGCCGGGAGUGCGACACGUGCGGGUUGCAGAUCCACGAGCAGGACGCGAGGUUCUGUCGCAGGUGCGGCGGGAAACUGGGCACCGCGGAGAGCGCGGGCAUGCUGUACGUGAAGCGCUCGGAGCUACCGGCGGAGAUCGCCGCUAAGAAGGCAGAGGCGGCGGUGAAGCGCGAGCGACGCGAGGCUCAGAGAGCUCAGGGCGGCUUCGGCACCGGACGGUUGGGCAUGGACAUCGCGGGCAUGAUGAUGCGCCAGCCCAGCGGUUCCCGGUCGAGGAAGAAGAAGGGCAAGUCGAGCGGCGGCAAGCGCGGACGGAAGGCGUGA